AUGGCAGCACUCCGAACUGCUGGAGUAGACCCCGAUGGUUGGUCUGAGCUACUCCCUGACGUCCAGAACGAGAACACCGUUGAAAUGUUACACGGCUAUAGGCCGCAGUUCCACUUGGGAGCUCUGCGCGGGCUAUCCACUACUGUUGAUGAUUGGACACCGCCAGAAGGAUUGCGCAUUGGAGUCCACCAAGCUAUGGAAGUUUCCAAAAGAAAAAUGAAAAUAGCAUAUGAUGCUCGACGGCAUGAUAAUACUCAUUACCAAGUGAGAGAGGUGGUCGUGAUGAAGAGGGCUCCCAACUCUACAGGUGAAUCCACCAAAUUACAAAACCGCUACAGGGGACCGUUAGUGGUUUCAGAGGUACUUCCUGGAGACGUCUAUAGAGUUACUGAUUUGUACAGUGGUUCAUGUCGCUCAGUUGAAAUCCUGGAAGCUGAUUGA